CACAUAUAUAGAAUAACGAUGUGUGUAUAUAUAUACUAUCCUUUCAACUAAAAACGUGUUUGUUUUCGCUACUACUAGCCUAGCUUGUUCCCAACAUCUCACUAACUUCCAAGAAUCUCUCCCUCAGCUUAUAAUCUCUACAAUCCCUCGCCAAAUCCCUUGAAUCCCUGUUCCACCGAACAGAAACUCCCACUAUUCCAACCAGAAAAAUUCAAUCAAAACCCCCCAAUUAAUUUCUAUCCCUUUUCCUUUUUUCUUCCAAAUAUUUUAUCCGAAUAUGUACAGUCUUGAUAGAAACGACAACAGCUCCGUCACCGGCGCAUCAUGGAGCCGACAGGAGGACAAAGUUUUCGAGAAAGCUCUGGUAGAAUUUCCCGACGGCGUCGACGACCGGUGGCGGCGGAUCGCUGAAAUUCUACCCAGUAAAUCACCAGAGGAGGUCAGGGCACAUUACGAGGCGCUGUUGUAUGAUAUCGCCGAGAUUGACUCGGGCCGAGUUGAGCUGCCUUGUUAUUCGGAUGAGUCGGCUGCGCUUGGGUGGGACGACCGACCUAGGCCGAGGACGUCGGCUCAGAUCUCGUUCGGCUCUCGAGGUCGACACUCUGAGAUUGAACGGAAAAAAGGCACUCCUUGGACGGAAGAUGAACACAGGCUAUUCUUAAUUGGUCUCGAUAGGUAUGGUAAAGGUGACUGGAGGAGUAUUUCAAGGAAUGUAGUUGUGACAAGGACUCCAACUCAGGUUGCUAGCCAUGCUCAGAAAUAUUUUCUCCGUCACAAUUCAGCAAGAAAAGAGAGGAAAAGAUCGAGCAUUCACGAUAUCACGACUGCUGAUGACAGCUUGACAGUGCCUGCACCGACCAACCUUUCUAAUCAGGGCGGCUUUCAAGAUUUUGGUUAUCACAUGCCUUGAUGAUGGAUUAGAACUUGGAAGGAAAAACUAGCUACACACUCUAUGAAUGUAUAUAGUAGUUUCUUGAAUACUGACUGGUAAAUUUGUACAGCUGCAUUAGUCCUUUCCUUGUCUAGUAAACAUUAGAGAUACAUGUUAGGUUUUAGAUUUUAGGGCGGUGUAUUCAUUUCAUUGCUAUUU